CCUUUCCCUGGCUGGACUGGAGAGAAAAGCGCUGGGGCUGAGCCAGGGGCUGAGCAUCCACAGGAGAAAGUCAGGUGUGACCCUGACAAGAGGCAGAAAUGGGGAAAAAACUAGAUCUUUCCAAGCUCACUGAUGAAGAGGCCAAGCACGUCUGGGAAGUUGUUCAGCGCGACUUCGACCUUCGAAGGAAAGAAGAGGAAAGACUAGAGGAGUUGAAAGGCAAGAUUAAGAAGGAAAGCUCUAAGAGGGAGCUGCUCUCCGACACAGCGCACCUGAACGAGACCCACUGCACCCACUGCCUGCAGCCCUACCGCCUCCUUGUGAACAGCAAAAGGCAGUGUCUGGACUGCGGCCUCUUCACCUGCAAAAGCUGCAGCCACGCCCACCCGGAGGAGCAGGGCUGGCUCUGUGACCCCUGCCACCUGGCCAGAGUGGUGAAGGUCGGCUCUCUGGAGUGGUACUAUGAGGUCGUCAGAGCCCGUUUCAAGCACUUUGGGAGCGCCAAAGUGGUCCGGUCCCUGCACGGGCGGCUGCAGGGCGGAGGUGAGCCUGAGGCAAGCCCUGGAAAGAAAAGUGGAGACAGUGAGCAGACAGAUGAGGAUGGACAGCUGGACUCAGAGGCCCAGGCCCAGCCCGCUGGCAGCAAAAAAAAGCGCCUCCUGUCCUUCCACGCCCAGGACUUCGAGGCAGACUCGGACGACUCCUCUCGGCCUCCGGGCCGCCCUCUGAGCCCAUUCUCCUUCCCCACAGCCACGGACAGCCUGCAGUCCCUCACAGACGAGCCCUGCGCAGAGGAGGCAGCCCCACACACAGCUGUGGGCCUGGACGAGGCUGGCACCAUGGCCUCUGGGUGCCACUCCCACCCAGAAGAGCAGCUGGACAGUCUCUCCCCUUCCGGACAGGAUGCCCUCGCUGAGCCCUGCCCGCCUGGAGACCCUCACAGGAUGGCCCUGGGGAUUGCUGCUGCACCAGGGAUGGACAUCACGGGGAGCGAGCAGCUGCCCCCCCAGUACCUGGCCGACGUGGACACCUCUGAUGAAGACAGCGUCCAGGCUCACAGGACCACCUCCCUCCACUCCAAAAGGCAAGGCCAGAAUUCGCCCCAGAGUCAGAGUAUGGCUGCCAGGGCUCAUGGAGAUGCCACCAUGGAGGAAGAGGCCCUGAAGAGAAAGCUGGAGGAGCUGACCAGCAACAUCAGCGACGAGGGAGCCUCAUCUGAAGAAGAGGAGGGCGAGGACGGAGAGGCAGAGCCCGACAGGGGCCUCUCCACCAGAGCCCUCCCCUCGGUGAGCCUGGAGGUGUGCUCAGCUGCGGGCCACACGUACGGACUGAAAAAGAGCCCUCAGGGCCUCGGGGACCCUGUCCAGCUCAACAGGAUCCCGGACAAGGAGCUGUCAGAGCUGGAGGACAGAGUGGCAGUGACAGCCUCAGAGGUGCAGCAGGCAGAGAGCGAGGUCUCAGACAUCGAGUCCAGGAUCGCAGCCCUGCGGGCCGCUGGGCUCACCGUGAAGCCAUCAGGAAAGCCCCAGAGGAAGUCCAACCUCCCAGUACUUCUUCCUCGAGUUGCUGGGAAACUUGACAAGAGUCCAGAGGAUCCGACCACUGACCCCUCAAAGGAAGUCAAGGCAACAGCUGUGUUGUCUCUUCCAAGGAGAAAGUUCACUAAUUCCCCUAAAAGUCAAGGAAAAGAUGACGAUUCUUUUGAUCGGAAAUCAGUGUACCGCGGCUCCCUGACACAGAGAAACCCCAACGGGAGGAAGGGGAUGGCCAACCACGUCUUUGCGAAACCCGUGAUGGCUCACCAGCACUAACGGGGGAGGCUCAGGGCAGAGCAACAGGGCAGCCCUGUGCUGUUUGCCCCCACCAUGGCCGGCUGCCGUGUCCCUCGUUGGCUCUGCACUUCCUGAUACACGUGGGCACCUUCCGGUGAGAAACAAGGAGCACCCGCCUCCACCUGCAAGAUGACGGCGGCCCUCAGUUCUUCACUGUUCACCCAGGCUCACUGGCGACUUCCAAGGCCACCUCGUCAGCCCCUCAGAUACGUGAUAAACAGCUGAGCUGCUGUGACUUCAAGACAAUGCUGGCUGAACUUUUUGAAGGACACAGAAGAUCUUCUCCACCUCGAUCUCGUCUCCCCUUCACUCUUGGCUUUCUUCUGUUGCUUUCAUGAAUGGAAUGGAAAAGAGAUGACUCACAACGGA